GGCGUGACAACAGUAAGAAAAAGGCCUGGGCAUACUAUCAUGCACUGAUCAAAUACCCAAUGAGAACUAACGUCUGUUCAAAGUUUUAUUUUGAUUUACAUUUGGUUGAGUUGCCAACUAACAUGAAUUCAACGUGAAAUCAAAUAAAAAUCCAUCAUAUUCGAUUUAGGUUAAAAGUUGGGUGAGAAAAAUACGAAAUUCCCUACGUUGAUGACAUUUUGCAAAUCCAAUCAGUUUCCAUGUUGAUUCAGCGUCAUCACAUUACACAUAUGUUUUUUAAUGACAUGUCAACAACGUUGAUUCAACCAUUUUUUUGCCCAGUGUGUAGGAUCCCUAUUUUUACUGUUUCCAAUGGAUUAAGUAUAGGCCUAUAGCCGCAUCCCACUGGGCACACCACGUAAUUUCAACGUGGAUAUUUUUUAAAUAUUUGUUUGAGAUGUUGAUCAGUGAGAUUUCAAUAUUUAUUCACCCACUCAGAAAGACAGCCAAAAGUUUGUUGAAUUCCCUAUGUGUUUUCACAAUGCUCUCAAUGAGAGCCACACACUCUAAGAGCUCAGAUGCAAAAAAAUGUAAUGAUGGAUAACAUGAUUGAAGAGAAAUGCACAGCUCUGCAAGGAGCUGUUAAUGAUGAUGGCAUAUUCAUUGAACUGAUGAAAACUGACCAAGCGCUCCAGGACAAGUUGUCUACAGAAAUUAAGGAACUUAAAAUCAAGAAAUUCAACCAAGACAAAAAAGACAAGGCCAAGGACAAAGGCUACUUCUGGAGAAACUUUGACGAGGGAGGUCCUGCUCCGCCUCUCCAUGACAGACGCAGGAGAGAUGCCGGUUCCUUUUGUCCACCCCCAUCUGCCCAACGCUCUUCAACGAGCUUCUCAUCUGCUUCCAGUGACAGUAUUUUAUCCAACGAGAGACUGGGCCGACAGAAGGGCGGAGGUGGCCGUAGGCCCGCGCACCGACGAGAUGCCGCACACGACGUGAGGAGGAUGUCGCUUCAACCAUGACAUGACCUCGGGGGAGAACAGCAGAGUCCUGAAAGAACACGGACUGGAGGAACUGAACAGAUCUGAGCUGUGCACCCUUCUGCUUCAGAAUGAUGGCUUCCUCUUACCACCAGUGUGCCACAACUACAACAACGGCGUUGGAGAGUAUGGCAAAUGCCAGGAUGGCGAGACAUGCAAGAGGCUCCACAUCUGUGAGAUGUAUCUCAGGGGUAGCUGCAACUGUCCCAGGUGCCAUGAUUUCUACGAACCCCACCCAUUAAAAAUCCUGCAGGACAAAGGGGUGCCCAACGAGCUCAUUGCCUCCCUGAAGUCGGUGUACAUGAACAUUGAGUGGUUGCAAAAGCAAGACCGUGUCAUGCAAGGCAAGGGGCAACAUCAAAGAGCUAAAGCUAAUGCAACCGCUAACACAAGUAACAAGUCUAACAGAGGCCCACUGAGCACUCACGAGGUUGCUGCAGAAACUCCAGCACCCCUAUUUCCCGCUCCUAUGCUCGCCAGACUCAGGGCGCUCCACCUCCAAGAGGUUGAGCAUGAUACUGCUACUCCUGCUGCUGCUGCCACCACUGCCCUUAACACAAGCCAGAGGUCCAACAGACCUAGUCAAGAUAAAGCUGAAAUAUGCAUGUACUUCAUCAAGGGCAGUUGCAUACACGGUGAUAAGUGCUUUAAAGCCCACUCUACCAUGCCCUACCAAUGGGAGGUGAGGGAGGGACUAAACUGGACAGCUCUACAAAACAACGAGGUGAUUGAGAAGGACUAUUGCGACCCAGCAAAGACAUACAGUCGUGGAGUCCAGCCUGUAUGUUUCGAUACGAUGACCUGUGGCCUGAACAAAGCCCGGCGUCUCUCCACCGUCUCCUCUGUGCUACAGCCUACUUUCAUGCUCACCACGGAGUGGGCCUGGUUCUGGGAGGACGAGUUUGGAAACUGGAUCCAGUACGCAUCAGCAAUCAGUGGACACAGGGCAGCCACCAUCACCAGUGAGGACCUGGAGAAGAGGUUCCAGGAAGACAACAAGGCUGUGAUAGAGUUCACUGCGGGGUCACAGACCUAUGAAUUCAGUUUCCCUGACAUGAUUCAAACAAACAAGCAGUACAGCACCAAGAAGGUUGUGAGAAGACGGCCUGUGUUUGUCUCUUCAGCUGAUGCACAAACUAUCAAAACCAGAAAAAGGGCUCCGAUCAAUCACUCAAACCUCAGAGCUUUACCAGGACACUGGGACAAGGCACAAACCCCUGAAACAGGACACAAGAGAAUUGACCUUCCGUGCUCGUCAGUGGAGUAUAAGGAGAUUCAAGGACUUUUUCAGAACACCAUGAGAGGCUUCAGCAUCCACCAAAUCGAGAGGAUUCAGAACAAAGCCCUUUGGGAAGUCUUUCAGUGGCAAAGGGAUCUCAUGAAGAAGAACAACAGAGGGAGGAAUGUGACGGAGAAACAGCUUUUCCAUGGCACAGACUCCAAAUACCUCGAUGCCAUCUGCCUUAACAACUUUGACUGGCGGAUCUGUGGACUAAAUGGGACAACCUAUGGGAAAGGGAGUUACUUUGCCAGGGAUGCCAAAUACUCCAACAGCUACACUGGCCAAUUAAAUACGAGGUUCAUGUUUGUCUGUCGUGUGUUGGUGGGAGAUUACAUCAAAGGGCACUCGAGCUUCCUCCGGCCCCCCUCGAAGGACGGAGGGGACACCAUCUUCUAUGACAGCUGUGUAGAUGACGUCAGCAACCCCUCCAUCUUUGUGGUGUUCGAGAAGCACCAGGUAUACCCAGAGUACCUCAUCCAUUAUGGUGAGGACGAUGCAUGGUCACAAGGAUACCAGCAAUACUACCGUCCAGCUCCUGUACCUGCUCCAGCACCAGCACCAGCAUACAGACCAGCGGCUGCCACAGCGCCUAGACCAGCACCAGCAUACAGACCAGCGGCUGCCCCAGUGCCUAGACCAGCACCAGUAUACAGACCAGCGCCUAUACCUGCACCAACAUACACACCAUCACCAACCCCUGCACCUAAACCUGACAGCUCCUGUGUCAUUAGUUGAGGCUGACUGCGAGGGGUGAAUUGUGAACCUUUUGAUAUUAAACCGAGGCAAAAACAUAUGCUUUUGUGAAUUAGAGAAAUGGAUUUAGCACUCUGUUAAAUGUUUGACAAAUUACAGAUAAUAUUGGGAUGCACCUUACUAUGAUUACUAGAUGUUCUGUUUUCUACAAUGCAAGCAUUUUUGUAGUGCUACUGACAUUAUAUAAUAGCAAAUUGCGAACCUCACAACAAAAGUAGUUGUGUACAUUAUAAGCUUUAUACCUUUACAGUACAGUGGUUUUACAGUAUCUGCUGAUGUGCAUCAGUUCAAUGGUUGUGCAAUUAUGAGUUUCAUUCAUUUUAUUAAUAUAAUCCAUCUGUUUUCUUUGCAUUAUUCAUGGGAGGGAGGGAGGCAGGGAAAUGCAGAAUGUUUACAUUCUGUCAGAACGGCCACAGUCAACAAGACAGCCAUGAGUUGGGGAGGAGUGAGGAAUUUGGGCUGAGGUCAGGUCAGAUGAAGUGAGAAAGAACAGAAAUCACUAAAGUCCUGUCUAGCAACAGAGAUCUAUUGGCUGUCCAGAUGUGUAAGGAUGGGAAGGUAUAGCAGGAAGGUUUAAAUACCAGUGCUUGUGUAAAUAUGUCUUUGUCAUUCAGUUGUUUGACCCAUUGGGUGAAUAAACUUGAUUUGAGCUUUUA